AUGAAAUAAGUAGCAAUUAUAGGAUUCUUGCUUAUCCUUAAUAUUACAUUCUCUUAAGCUGUUUUUUUGAAAAGGCCUGUAACUUAACAUUUCACUGUGUUUUCAUAACUUGAAAAGAUAGAAAAUCAUAGUUUUGGUAAAAGAAUACUAGAUACUGUAGCAUUGUAAAUUACUAAUAGAGUUCCUUUAGGAGAAGUUGCUAAGGUUAUUUCUGAAAUAAACUCUGAUAUAUAAUCCUAGUAACAAACUGCAGAUAGCUUACAAGCUGAAAGAAGUAGGGAAUGUGAAUCUGAAUAAGAUAGAUUAAAUAGUAUCAUAACUGACAAUAACGCUAUAAAAACAGAUGCCCUUGAAAAUAUUGCAAUCCUUGAGGUUGAAAUUAGUUAAUUGAGUGCCAAUAUUGGGAAUAAAAAUUAAUAGCUUACCUUGCUAAGUGACAGAGUUAGCAGCAUUUAGGAUGCAAGAUCUAGAGACAACGAAGAUUUUGAAAGAAGAAGUCAAGAAACAGAAUAAGUUAUAGAAGCUUUAAAUUUAAUUAUUGAGAAGGUGGGUAGCAUUUCCCCAGAAACCUCAGAAUAAGAAGUGUUCUUAUAAUUAGCAAAAAUCGGAAAAAGCAAUCCUAUUCUUUCUUUAGUUUCAAUUGCUUCUACUUUUUCAUAAGAUUCAUUAGAUAAUGUAAUUAAUAAGCUUAGUUAACUUAGAGAAUCUCUUUCUGCUUCAUUAGUUGAAGACGGAGAAGCAGAAAAUCGUGCUAUUAAAGAAUUUAACAAAUUAGUGUCUGAACUUCAUUCUACAAUUAAUAGCCUUAAUUUACUCAUUAGCUCUCUUAACAACGAGCUAAGUUAAAAGUAAGCAUCUCAUGCAUUCCAUACAAGUAGACUUAAUAAUGCUGAAGAAGCUAUAUCAUCUAGUUAGGAGCUCUUAAAAAGAAAAGUAUCAUAAUGUAAUGAUUGGAGCACUUAAUAUUAAUCCGACACCUAGGCUAGGAAUGAGCAAAUAGAUAUUAUUGAAGAAGUAUAAAGUAUAGUUGCUACUAAGCUUGAAACAAUGAAAGAUUAUCUUAAAGAAAGAGCAGAGCAAUGA